AUGGCCUUAUCCGUCACAUAUCUUCCCGACACCCUGACCACAAACGCCGUUUGGUUUGGAUGCGAUCUUGAGUCGCCGGACAUGUACGACCCUAGUAUGACCAUGGCCGAUAUCAUCCAAAGUCGAUUGAGGAAUUCGGAUACUCUGGUAUUUCAUCCUAUGAUGCUGCCAACCAUAUUUGCCGAUAUCGAACGAGAGAGGCAGAUUGAGCUCGUUCGGGAUAAGCUCGCGGAGAUGGGAGAGCGGAUCGAGGUCAUCACAAACAUCAAGUACGCCACAAAAGUGAAUCCCUUUGGUGAACACACGAAGACGGCCACAAGUCCGACAAAGAAGAGAAAAAAGCUCUCACGUUUAUUCAGACGCCCUCGUUCGCAGCAAGGACUGAACCCUUCGCUUAGCUCGUCUACUGAGAAUAGCAAUACCGAGCGAACCUGUCGAAGCAAUCCGCCGUUGACGACAGGAAACCCUACUGCUAAACUCUGGCAAGAGAUCAGUCGCCUCAAAAUAGGUCUGAGCAAUUGGCAGAGGCAGCUGGUGAAAAUGAUCUCUUUCGUUGAGCAUCUCAACCGUGUCGAGUACCCCCCUCAGAGAUACAACGAACCCAAGCGGCUUCAGUUUCACAACACUGGGGAGAGAAUUAGAGAUAGGUUGCAGGAGCUGGUGGAUGAGUAUGACGAGUAUAUCAGAGAAUGCUCACACAUCAUGGAGGGCUUCACUCUUGCAACUCAACUGGAGAUCAGCCAGAUCAGUCGCUGUGAUGCCCAGACGAAUCAGGAAAUCUCCCAGGUCAAUCUAGAGGUUGCUCAAAUGACGCGACGUGAUGGGAGCAUCAUGAAGUCAAUCGCUUUGCUAGGGAUGGUCUUCCUCCCUGCUUCAUUUGCCACAGCAGUCUUUUCCAUGGGAUUUUUCGACGUGCCGAAGGAGGCAGAAGACGGAGCAGUCUCAAGCCUUAUCUGGAAAUACAUUGUGGUAGCAUUGAUGUUGACACUUUGCACCGUGGGUAUCUUUUAUUUGUGCAUAUCGAAGGGAAGGAAAGAGAAGACCACAAGGGAUCGAAGCUUGUCGGCCUAG